AUGAUACACAAUAGAAUACAAAGAACUUCUUACAGAGGCUGGAUUCAUGCAUCCCCCAGUGAGAUCCGAGCCAAGAAGAAGCCUAAAGUGUGCUUGGAUCCUGAGAAGUUCAAGGAAUUCAAGCUCGUCAAGAAAACACAACUCAGCCAUAAUGUGGCGAAAUUCAAGUUUGCCCUUCCUACACCCAUUUCUGUCUUGGGCCUUCCUAUUGGACAACACAUAAGUUGCAGGGGUAAGGACAGUCAAGGUGAAGAUGUUAUUAAGCCAUACACUCCAACGACCUUGGAUUCUGAUGUUGGAUAUUUCGAGUUAGUAAUAAAGAUGUAUCCGCAAGGAAGAAUGUCUCAUCAUUUCAGAGAGAUGCGUGAAGGUGAUUAUUUGUCUGUGAAAGGACCAAAGGGUCGUUUUAAGUAUCGACCAGGGCAAGCUGCCUUGCUUCCAAUUCUUGAACCUGGGACAAUAAAUACUGCCUUUCCUUUCUAA